CAUCUUUAUUUACAGCUGAUAACUAUCGUCACCUUUAAACUGUUGCUGUUCAACAUUGUUGCAAAAAAUUCCUGAAUAGUGCCAGUGAAAAAUAUUUGUAAAUUUUUCAAAGUGACUUUCGCCUUCUUUAACAAUUAUCGAGAUGGGAAGACGCCUAUUGUUAUUAUCUAAUUCAACCUGUCCUGGACAAAGUUAUUGUCACUGGUGUACUCCAAUAAUUGAUAAAUUUCUUGAUUCUGGCAUCAAAGACAUUUUGUUUAUUCCUUUUGCUGCUGUUACUAUUUCCUGGGAUGAGUAUAGAGACAAAGUUGCUGGAGCUUUGCAGCGAUUCAAUGUUUUAGGAAUACAUAAAGAGCCUGAUAUGAUUGAAGCAAUCAAUAAGGCUCAAGUAAUUUGUAUUGGGGGUGGUAAUUCAUUCAAUUUGCUUCAUAAACUCCAUGAAUACAAAUUACUUGACAUUAUCAAGAAACGAGUUGUUAAUGAUGGUGUGCCUUACAUUGGUUGGUCUGCUGGAUCUAAUGUAGCCUGUCCCGAUAUACGUACUACUAACGAUAUGCCAAUUAUUUCACCUUCUAGUCAUUCAGCCUUGGAUCUUUUCCCGUUCAAUAUUAAUCCACACUACACCGAGAAGACUAUCCCUAAUCAUGGAGGAGAGUCUAGAAAAGAUCGACUUAACGAAGCUUUUGCAGUUAAAAGUCACCCAAUUAUAGCUCUUCCUGAAGGUACAGGAAUCAAAGUUGAAAAUGAUAAAUUUCAGUUCUUCAGAGGAGAUCUACCAGAAUUUCUUCCAUUGAUUGUAAAAGUUUGGAAAAAGGGCAAAAAUGGUGAACUGGAAAUUUUGGAGAUACCUCUUGAGCAGCAUAAUUCCGAUUGGAAAACAUUUGAUGACUUCGAUUCAAAGAAUUAAAUUUCUUUAGCUUCAUCGGAACGUGCAAUGUUUGGUAAUGUUUUACAAUACAUUGUAUGCAUUAUUAUCAAGUAUCACCUCAAAGCGAACGAAAUUUUAAAAAGAUUGAUAUUGUAAUAGUAAUUAUAAAAUUAAGAAGCCUCUUUUAUGAAAUUAUAAACUUUUCUAUUGAUAUAAUAAAAUAAUAACAAUAAA